ACAUUCUGCAUCUAGCAGUCUCAACUCUCAACAGCAUUCCAGGCAUCAGCAGGUGUGAUCUUUACUUCCCAAUGUCACUCCUAUCUUAUGAGUCAAACAUUUAACAAAACACAUGUUGUAGGCACUCCAAUUCCUUGCUCCAUGAUCUGAGACUAGAACUUAGUUUAGUGUAGGCACUCCUUGCUGUAUUUGAAAGGAGCAUUUUGGUGGGAAACAAUUCCUGCAAAUUUUUUUCCCCAAACAGACCUUCACACCUGAGUGCUCGACAUUUUUCAGCCCUCUGCAUAUGCAAGAGGUAAAUGAUGAGCUAUUUCUUGUUACCUGCAGAAUGUGGGCGGUGAGCAGAACCACUAGAAUUAAUUGAACUAAAUUUGUGCUAUAUUAGCAGUAGGUAAUUUUCGAUUGGAAUCUGAAAUUUUACUUUCCAAACCAAAUGUGGCACGGGCCCGGUGCGGCGGGCUCAAGCCGCGGCGUUUGAAAUUUAAGUCCCUUUCCGGCAUUCCUAUUCCCAUUCGCUUCCGCCAAUUCCUUCUCGGCACAAUGGCGUCGCCGCCCGCGCCGCUACCAGCCGCCGCCGACCGCGCGACCGUUCCGACGGCGUCGCCUUCGCUCAAGUCCGCGCUGCUCGUCGUCUUUGCCUUGCUGGUGCUUGCCGUCGCGGCGAUCCUGCUGCUCCGCUGCCUCCUCCGCCGCUGGUCCGCAUCGUCGUCGUUGUCGUCGCGGCCGGGCGUCCCGGCGGAGAGGGGUGAUCAGGCCGACGCAGGUGCGGCGGGGAGGCGGCUUGUGGAGGCGGAGGCAGCGAGGAUGAUCGCCGUGGCGGAGGAGGAGGAGGCAGGGGAGGUGCAUCCGGCGAGGGAGCAGGCGGAGCCGGAGGCAGCAGGCACGGACGACGACACGGAGCGGUUCAUCGCGUCGCUGCCCUUGUUCACCAUGGCGUCGGCGCUGGCGGCGCUGCCGAAGAACUCCCCGGACUGCGCCGUCUGCCUCUCGCCGUUCGACGCCAGCGCCGAGCUCCGGCUGCUCCCAGCGUGCCGCCACGCGUUCCACGCCGCCUGCAUCGACGCGUGGCUCCGCACCAACCCGGUCUGCCCGAUCUGCCGCAGCACCGUCUCGCCCCCGCUUCUCACGCCCUUCCCCGUCGACCAGGAGCCCCUCGGCACGCGGACGAGCUGCAGGAGCUUCCGUGUCGAGCUCGGCAGCGUCAGCAACCGACGCUCCUCCGCCGCGGGCGGCGACGAGCGGCGCACAUACUCGCUCGGCGGCUCCUUCGACUACCGCGUCGAAGAGGAGGUCGAGGCCAUCGUGUCCCGCAUCGUGCGCCCCACGGCAGCAGCGGCGAGGCCGAGGCCAGCGCCGGCAACCGCAGCCCCCGGCGAAGCAGCUCUGGCGGAGGCGGUGGGCUCCCGCGGGUGGCUGGGCGAGUACCUCGACCACGUCAGCGGGCGGCUGAGCCUUGACCGCCGGCACGACGACUCGACGCGGUGGGAUCCGGAGGCCGCGGCGGUGGUCAAGUCGGCGUCGUCUCUCUCUCGGCGGUGGAGCUGGCGCUGGAGCCAGGGCAACCGGCGCGACGAGCCCUGGGACACGCCGGAGGCGCCGCGCCGCGCUGAGGGCGACGAGGAGCCGGCGCUCGUGGCCCUGGGCCGCUGGAUCUUCGGCUUAUAGCUGCGAUGAUCAGCACGACUGUUGAAGCACAUCAAUCCGGGUUAGGUCAUGAAUCAUGAAUGAAAACCCAACGGCUAAGCAUUUCUUUGCUUAUUAAUUGAGCUUAGCUAGUUAGAUUGUCAACUGCUACAGUAGAAUCUCUAUUAUGCUUUGUUGUUAAAAUCAUCACACGAUUUCCGUAUCAUUGUAUUAAAAAAAAGCGCCGAAAGAAGUCGACCA